UGGAAUUUGCGUGAUGAAAUGCAUGAACCGUUUGACGUCCUUGGAGGGCCGCAACUGCAAUUGCAAUUUUCGGGAGCUCCUUAUUAUGGCAAAAUCUUUACGAUUUCUUCGCGUAUAAAUACCCGCCCGGGCUCCUCGCACAUCCCACAACACAAGACCCCACUCGUGAUCUUUGAUGCAAAAACCCCUCCCGUUUCCUUAAUCAUUGUCGGGUUUUUCCCUCUUGUUCCUCUGCGUUGAGGAGCCAUGACGGUCGGGGCAGGGAUCACUGUCUCCGAUGGGAGGUUGAUGGUGCUGGGGAGCUGCGUCCUUACUGAUGUUGAUAGGAACAUCGAGGUCACCCCUGCCCCCGGUGGCGCAUUGGUCAACGGUGCCUUCCUCGGCGUCCGCUCCGACCAGGUCGGCAGCCGCCGCGUCUUCCCCGUCGGCAAGCUCGAGGGACUGCGGUUUAUGUGCCUGUUCCGGUUCAAGUUAUGGUGGAUGACUCAGAGGAUGGGCAACUGUGGCCGGGAUAUCCCGUUCGAGACCCAGUUUCUAAUAGUUGAAGCGCGAGACGGCUCUCACUUCGGUGAGGAUGGUGCAGAGCAAUCCGCUCUUUAUGUUGUUUUCUUGCCGAUUCUCGAAGGAGAUUUCCGAGCGGUUCUACAGGGGAAUGAGCAGAAUCAGAUGGAGAUCUGUUUGGAGAGCGGAGACCCUUCGGUCACUGGGUUCGAAGGGAGCAAUUUGGUUUUCAUGGCAGCAGGCCCUGACCCCUUCGAUGUCAUCACAAAUGCUGUCAAAUCAGUUGAGGGACAUCUGCAGACGUUUUCUCACCGUGAGAGGAAAAAGAUGCCCGACAUGCUAAACUGGUUUGGAUGGUGCACAUGGGAUGCUUUCUACACUGAGGUCACUGCAGAAGGUGUGAAACAAGGAUUAGAGAGUUUGGAGAAUGGUGGCAUACCCCCGAAGUUCAUUAUUAUAGAUGAUGGAUGGCAAUCAGUUGGAAUGGAUCCAGCUAGCAUCGAGUCGAAGGCUGAUAACACGGCAAACUUUGCGAACAGAUUAACCCACAUCAAGGAAAACCACAAAUUCCAGAAAGAUGGCAAAGAGGGAAGCAGAGUGGAAGAUCCUGCACUUGGCCUUUGCCAUAUUGUCACCGAGAUCAAGGAUAAACAUAAUCUAAAGUAUGCAUACGUAUGGCAUGCAAUAACUGGUUACUGGGGUGGUGUGAGGCCUGAUGUCACCGAAAUGAAACAUUACGAGUCAAAAAUGACCUACCCCGUUUCGUCCCCAGGAGUACAGUCCAACGAGCCCUGUGAUGCUCUGAACAGCAUCACAACCAACGGGCUUGGUCUUGUGAAUCCUGAGAAAGUCUACAGCUUCUACAAUGAGCUCCACUCCUACCUUGCCUCUGCGGGUAUCGACGGGGUCAAGGUGGAUGUUCAAAACAUCCUCGAAACCCUUGGGGCAGGUCAUGGUGGAAGGGUGAAUCUUGCCAGGAAUUACCAUAAGGCGCUAGAGGCAUCGAUUUCUAGGAACUUCCCCGACAAUGGAAUCAUAUCGUGUAUGAGUCACAACACGGAUGGUUUGUACAGUGCAAAGCGUUCAGCUGUUAUUAGGGCUUCCGACGAUUUCUGGCCGAAGGAUCCAGCAUCUCAUACAAUUCAUAUCGCAUCGGUUGCUUAUAACACUGUUUUUCUAGGAGAAUUCAUGCAACCUGACUGGGAUAUGUUUCAUAGCUUACAUCCGAUGGCCGAAUAUCAUGGCGCAGCCCGAGCUGUCGGUGGAUGUGCCAUUUAUGUCAGUGAUAAGCCUGGGCAACAUGACUUCGAUUUGCUAAGAAAACUCAUACUACCUGAUGGUUCGAUAUUGAGGGCCAGACUCCCAGGCAGACCGACUAGAGAUUGUUUGUUCGCUGAUCCUGCACGAGAUGGAAAAAGCCUUUUGAAGAUAUGGAACUUGAACGAUUUCUCGGGGGUCAUGGGAGUUUUCAACUGCCAAGGAGCAGGGUGGUGCAGAGUUGGAAAGAAAAAUCUCAUUCACGAUGAACAGCCCGGCACAAUUACCGGCGUAAUUAGGGCUCAAGAUGUCGAUUAUCUUCCCAAGGUUGCUGGUGAUGGGUGGACUGGGGAUACCAUCGUGUUCUCCCAUCUUCAAGGGGAGGUGGUUUAUCUUCCUAAGAACGCAUCUAUGCCAGUAACACUGAAAGCCCGCGAGUACGAAGUCUUCACGGUGGUCCCUGUCAAGGAUAUAUCCAGCGGGGCCACAUUCGCUCCCAUUGGUCUUGUCAAGAUGUUCAAUUCAGGUGGAGCGAUCAAGGAGGUCAAGUAUGAGACCUUGAGUGGGUCGGUGGAGUUGAAAGUUCGCGGGUGUGGCCUAUUCGGCGCCUAUGCAUCUGUCCGUCCCCGGAGAGUGCUCGUGGACUCCAAGGAGGUAAAGUUUGGCUACGAAGAAGGAUCUGGUCUGGUUACAUUUAAUUUGCCGGUACCUGCACAGGAGCUGUACCGGUGGAAUAUAGUUAUGGAUCUGUAGCGGGGCUUUAGAGUUCAUUGUUUUCCAAUUCUUCGUGGCCGGGUCAAUGUGACAUCAAUAUGGCUGCUGUUCGAUUCUUCGAUGACUUGUACGAUUGACUCCGACAUGAUUCUUAUCAAUGAGAUCCGAUUUGCUCUUAGAAAUUACAGUAAAA